CUUUCGAUCUUCUGAAAGCGAGUGAAUGAAAUGUCAAAAAUUAUUUGUCAAAAACUAGAAGUAUUUUUCAAAAGAAUUUUUUUCCGUUUUUGUGUAUGUUACUAAAAAUUAAUAACAUUGUUUUCGUGACUUGAUUCCAUAUUUUUUACAGAUCUUUUUUAAUAAAAUAAAAAUGUCCUAUCAAGAUGAUGAAGAGGGAGUGCCAUUUGAUGGUACAGCUGGUUCUUUUCCAAAAGAUUUUGGUUAUGGACCAUUUGAUGGUGACCAGGACAUUAUGUCUUCAUCAGGAGACCAAAAACCUAGGAUUUUGUUAAUGGGUUUGAGAAGAUCAGGAAAAUCUUCUAUACAGAAAGUAGUCUUCCAUAAAAUGUCACCAAACGAAACUUUAUUCUUGGAGAGUACAAACAAAAUUGUUAAAGAUGAUAUCAAUAACUCUAGUUUCGUUCAGUUCCAAAUAUGGGAUUUUCCAGGACAGAUUGACUUCUUUGAUUCUAGUUUUGAUUACGAUAUGAUUUUUGGUGGAUGUGGAGCUCUUAUAUUCGUAAUAGAUGCUCAGGAUGAUUAUAUUGAAGCUUUGAAUAAAUUGAAUUUAACUGUAACAAAAGCUUAUAAAAUCAAUCCAAAUAUAAGAUUUGAAGUAUUUAUUCAUAAGGUUGAUGGUUUAGGGGAUGAUUUUAAGAUGGAAUCUCAAAGAGAUAUACACCAGAGAGCUACUGAUGAUUUGACUGAUUCAGGUUAUGACCAGAUUAAUCUUAGUUUUCACCUAACAUCGAUAUACGACCAUUCAAUUUUUGAAGCAUUUUCCAAAGUUGUUCAAAAAUUAAUACCUCAGUUACCUGCUUUAGAAAACUUACUUAACAUUCUGAAUACUAAUUCCGCCAUUGAAAAAUCAUUCCUUUUUGAUGUAGUAUCUAAAAUAUACAUUGCGACUGAUUCCACACCUGUAGAUAUGCAAAGCUAUGAACUCUGUUGUGAUAUGAUCGAUGUAGUGAUAGACGUAUCUUGGAUAUAUGGAAUAAAAGAAGAACAAGACCCAGCUGCCUUUGAUGAACAAAGUUCGAGUUUAAUAAAGUUAAAUAAUGGUACUGUUCUCUAUUUAAGGGAAGUCAAUAAAUUUCUUGCCUUAGUUUGUAUAUUGCGGGAAGAUAAUUUUGUAAGCAAAGGAAUAAUCGAUUAUAACUUUUUGUGUUUCCGAAGUGCCAUACAACAAGUGUUUGAAUUAAGGAACAAAAGCGCUUCACCCAUGACAAAUUCUGUUGGAAGCCCUGUUGUAAACGGUACCAAUAUAGUCGGUGAUGAACAUUCGACAUAA